CAGUGAUGAUAAGUUAAAUUUUGAUGGACCCAUGGAUUUUAAUGAAGAUUUAUGCAGAAGCAGUUCAUUCAAUGGAACCAUGGUCGGUGAAGAAAAUGCUGUGAGCAUGUUGGUUUCGUCAUACUCUCAAGAACAAUUGCCAGAAAUUUUUGUAGGGCUUAAAUCCCAGCAGGGUUGCAUUGGUGAAAUGAGUGAUGUUGAGGACGAAACCUUCAACACUGUUGUUAGUAGAUCAAGUCAAACAUGUAGAAUUGAUCUACUCGAAGAGAUCAUUGAAGAUGCUAAAGAUAACAAGAAAAUUUUGUUUCAGACCAUGCAAUCGAUUAUGAACUUGAUGAAAGAAGUUUAAGAGGCAGCUGCCGAACAAGCAAAAGAGGAAGCUGCAAGGGGGGCAUGGAUAUUCUCGUCAAGGUGGAGGAACUUAAACAGAUGCUGCCACAUGCAAAGGAAGCAAAUGACAUGGUUGUGCACUUGUUGAUAACCUAGAUGUUUUAAUUACCAAAACUAGAAUGUAGUUUUACGAUUUUUUCUGCUUCACAUUUUAUUUUGAGUGGUUAUUUUCCUUCUUUACCGUGUCAAAUUUUAAGUUUGAUUGGUUUACUUUGAUGGGUUUGUGUUAUUGGAUUAAGUUUAAUCAGUAAUAGAUUAUCUGUUGA